GCCUGCUGCUUGCUGGCUCAUAGUGUGACAGGAAAAUAAGAUGUCAGUGAUCCCAGAUGAACAUUCAGUGAAAACCUUGUCAUGAGGAAUCAUGAUACGCUACUUUAGAGGCGUGUCGGCUUGAAAUGUCACUAAUGUGUGUGACAUUCGUGAAAAAAAAAAAAUCUGACAGAUAUUUGACCAAAGUGAAGAAUAACGAAUCCAUUGAGAAUGAAAUCAACAUAAAGUAAGACGCAGUUCAUUUGCUGAAUUGGAUCACACAAAUGUAAAUGUCGGGGAGGCCUCUGCCCACCUUCACUUUGACACCUGCUUAAAGAAAAUAGACGUGUAAACGACCACACUGUCGCCAAUUGAUUUAUGACGGACUUUUUGUCCUGCUUCUCCAGAGGCAAUCAUGGACAUCCUCAUCAAAGAAGACUUUGAUGCGAACGUCAACACAAGCCACCAAACGCAACAAGACAGACUGGCAGGGGACAAAAGUCAAGCAAUGAACCAAAGUGACCCGGUGGAAAUAUUCAUUGGAAUGGAGCUACUGCUUCGUUUCAAACUUCUCUUCAUGCCUCUCUACUGCCUGGUGGUGGUCAUAGCCGCCGUGGGGAACUCCUUCCUUUUGACUUGCAUCUUGGUGGACAAGAAGCUCCACAACGCCACCAACUUUUUCAUCGGUAACCUGGCCGCUGGAGACCUGCUGAUGUGUUUGAGCUGUGUGCCGUUGACCAUGUCCUAUGCCUUCGACAGCCACGGCUGGGCUUUUGGGAGACCCCUGUGUCAUUUGGUGCCCCUGGUGCAAUGCGCCACGGUGUUUGCAUCGGUGCUCUCCCUCACAGCCAUCGCGGUGGAUCGAUACGUUGUCCUAGCUCAUCCAGUGCGUCGAAGGAUCUCUUUGUGGGGUUGCGGUGCAGUGACGCUGGCCGUGUGGCUUUUAUCUCUGGCCUUAGCCGCUCCGCCGUCCUUCUACACGCGCUACUUGGACCUCCGGCCGAGCGGCAUCGAGCUGGUCGUUUGCGAAGAAUUCUGGCCGGAAAGCGGCAACCUACGACUGCUCUACUCCUGCUUCAUCCUAAUCGCCUCUUACAUGAUCCCGCUGCUGUCCGUGAGCAUCUCGUACUGCGCCAUCAGCGUCAGUCUGACACGCUAUUCUGUGCCCGGGGAGCAGGCGAGCAGGGGACAGCACUGGAAGCAAAAGCGGAGAAAGACCUUCACUUUACUGGUGGCCUCAGUGCUUGCAUUUGCACUGUGUUGGCUGCCUUUGCAGGUUCUGAACCUGCUGUUGGACCUGGACCCAGACUGCGACAUCAUCGGCAAGCGCUACAUUAACGUCUUACAAGUGUGCUGUCAUUUAGUGGCAAUGAGCUCGGCUUGCUACAAUCCCUUCAUCUACGCCUCGCUGCACAGCAAGGUACGCAAACAUCUGAGGGGCUACCUGUGCCCUUGUCAAAGCCAAAGGAUGGUGCAGAGGUCCUUGUCUAGGAUCUGAUCAUUGUCCAUCCAUCUGUAUCAUGGAAACUCAUUUACCAUAAACCUACUUGGAAUUUUUUUUCUUUCCCCCCCCCCCCCCCAAACACUUUUACAUUUGACUUUGAAAAAGAUCCACAUGAUCAUUCUUGGAAACAACUUUGGAGAGACAAUACGCACAAAGGCCAGCAUGAAAGCGCUCUGCCCUACAUGGAUAUUGUGAUCGAAACUUGCGUACCCCCUGGAGAGGAAAUGCAUGACUUCACACAGGCAGGCUUACUGCAGUUACAUUAAAAUCAUGGAUAAAAAAAAAAAAAGACAAGACAUUCCACUCAGCUCUGUUAUUCAUCCCCACAUUUGUUAUGGUUCACUCAGCGGCACGGUUUAACUUCGCCCUUUAUGUGUGCAUUUGGAUUGAGCUACGUACUGAUACAAACAUAAAGGGGAGUUUGCAGGUUUAAAAAAAAAAAAGUCACUUCUGAUGUUGUUAAAGCUAACAAUAUGUUCUGACGGCAGUACAUCAGU